UUGUUUCCGAGGUGGAGCCUGAUACCCCGACUUCUCCAAACUGAACCGCCGGCGGAGCAGACGGACGAGACAGGACCGGGACCAGCAGCAAGCCGGUGGCACAGAUCUGGCACGUAGCAGAUCAGGGGAGGAACCGCUGUGUGUGUUUUUGGUUUUUUUUUAAGGGACGCUUCUUAGGAAAGAAGAGGUGGAUUUUGUGGACGGUUUGAUAAUUUUGUUUUUCACACACACGGCAGAGCUCCAAGAAAGAUGAAUUCGGUCAUCCUGCUGUCGCUCCUCGCCACGGUGAUCGCCGGAAAGUCACCUCGGCUGAAAUUUGUCGUGCACGAGCCCUCCAGGUUCCACUUCAACAAACCUGAGAACUACAUCAGCAUGUACCACCAGGAGGGGAGCGACACGCUGUAUGUGGGCGGCCAGGCGAUGGUCUACGUGCUGAUGUUCACUAACAGAGGUGUCCGCGAGUGGCAGAUCCCGGCGGCGUCCGAUCAGACUGCGAUUGACACCUGCAAGGCGAAGGAUGCACCACUGGAGCUGGAAUGUGAUAAUUUCAUCACCGUCAUUCAGAAAGUAAAUGAUACGAUCAUAGUAUGCGGGACAAACGCUGGGAGCCCCAGGUGCUGGAUGCUGGUGAAUGACACUGUGCUGACCGACGUCCAGGGCAACGGGCAGAUAGCGUCGGCCUCUGACAUCUCGCCAGCCUACCCUUCCCAGAGGUCCAUCAGCAUUCCUGCAGAUGGGAGUCUGUAUUCUGCUAUGUCGUCGGUGACGGGUCACGCCGGCUCGAUCCGGCGAACGUUCGGCUCCCAGAAACUCCUGAAGACGGAGAACAUUUGGCUGCUGAAUCCACAGUUUGCGGGUGCAGCCAUAAUCCCAUCCUCAAUAAAGUUCAAGGAGGAGAUCUACUUCUUCUUCAGCGAGUUCAACAAGACAGCCCGAGUGGACGAGGAGCCGUACCGGGCCCGCAUCGGCCGAAUCUGCACGGUGGAUGAAGGGGGCAUCAAAGCCCUGCUGGAGAACUCCUGGACCACCUUCAUGAAGGCUCGGGUGAUGUGCGGUGCAGGAAACACUCAGCAGCAGUACAACAACAUGAAGCAGGCGGUGGUGCUGACAGCGCAGGACAAGAGGGCCGGCGUCAUGUACGGCCUCUUCUCCAACGCCUGGGGCAGAACAGUGAUCUGUGCUUACUCCAUCGAAGAUAUUGACCAGGCCUUCUCCAAUUCCAAACUGAAGGGCUACAGCAGUUCAUUCAUCGGCAAUCGCCCCGGGAUGUGUGUCCGCAAGAACUCGACAGCGGGAGGUCACAACGACAUCAAGAACCUCGGGGUGAUCAGAUACCACCCGGAGAUUGAGGAUGUGAUCAGGCCCGUCGGUGUGGCUCCGCUCGACCUGCCCACAGAUGACCAGAUCACACACACUGUGGCGGACAUUGUCCUGGCGGUCAACGAUGAGCACUACAGCGUCCUCUACCUCGGCACAGAACAAGGCAAAGUUCUCAAAGUCCUUCACACCAGCGAGGGGGUCUUCAUCAUAUCUCAGUACUCCAUGUUCCACAACGAGGGCCCGGUUCUAAACAUGGCCAUCGACUCCCAAAAGGGACAUCUGUAUGUUGGUACGGCGAUGGAGGUCCAGCGGCUGCCGCUGGCUGACUGCGGUCGCUAUGGCGACACUUGCAGGGAGUGCAUCCUUUCCAGGGAUCCGUACUGCGGCUGGGACAGGGCCAGGAGGAAGUGCAUCCCCAUCCCGCCCGGAUACAACGUCACAACUGGGGCCCUCACUCAGAAUCUGGACCAUUCCAACUCCUCGGUUUGUGGGGAAGCUGCUGCUCUGAAGCAGCGCAGAACUUCCCCCAAAGAAGUCUUUGUGCAGUCCAACACCACCAUCUUUCUGCCUUGCCCUGUUCGCUCCUUCCAUGCCACCUACCGCUGGGAGAAAGAUAACUGCGUCAAGAACUAUCCCUGCCUCUUCUCCGGGGACUUCUGCGUCCUGGGGCCGGUCGUCGACACGCCCCUGAGGGAAGGCGUCUUCCGCUGCAUGGCCACCGAGGACGGAUUCAAGGUGGAGGUUAUUUCCUUCAGGCUGAAGAACAACGGCAGGCUGCUAGCCGCCGCCUCUCUGGCCUCCACCUUGGGGCCAUCGCUCCUGCUCGCCAUGGCUACCCUGUGGCUCCAUUAACUGCAGCUAAUACUAAUGCUAACCUCUCAUCCUUACUGGCUCCCAAUGACAGGAAAGACAUGGAGCUGCUGUUAGGAGGUUAGGUUCGCAGAGCAUUGAAGUACAUGGCUGGGUUAAACGGUGACAACUCACCUUUUUCUAUAUCGAUUUUUAGAGAGUCACAAAUACGUCGUUACAUGUUGAUUGAAGGAUUAAAUUCUGUAGUUUUUGCAUAAAGCACCAUAUCUGCAGCUGCAGCUUUCUUAAUGAAACCAGAAGUGGAGAAGACAUUCAUUUACAGACUAAAGCGACUAAGCGUUACAGUCCAUAAAUUGGCGUCUUUUGCAAGUUCGAUCUAUUCAGCCAUGAUGAGGUGCUCUACGAACCUUUCCUCUCUGACACAUGAAGAUAAACAUAUCUAAUGAGUGGGGCAAAAAACACCAAUACCAGGCCAAUUCUUUUUACCAUUUCUCUACUUAUUUUGAAAUUGACUUGAUUGUGCUUAUUUGUGAAUAUAUAAACCUUUAAUACCGCCCAUACAUCUAAACAUUCAUCUCGUUGACCUCCAUUGGUAUAGCUCAUUAGUACUUAGAAAAAUGUCUGGUAUUGAGAUUUAAAAAGCCUUAACACUUCUGGGACAUAAACUCCUAAGCACAAUUUUGCAGUCGAGGGCAGAAUACUGCAGACUCGGUUGGACUCGGCGCUGUAAUUAGUGCAGCUGAGUCGAACAAACAUCGCUGGGAGGAAGUGUCAGCUUUUUGACAGGAAGUAGGCGAAUGGGCAUGAGCUCCUUCUCGAACAUCACUGUGUCUCAGCACCUCCUCCUCAGACGAGGCAGAUUCUUGCAUCUUUUUAUCAGAUGGUAUCAGACAUCGUUAUUACGCCUUGUUCACAGCUUUGUCCGUUGUUUUUUUUUUUUUUCCCUUUGUACACGCCAUCGUCUUUCCUCCUCCCCAGAGCAUCAGAAUCAAAACAGCCGCUUUUACAGGAUGUGGAAAACUCAACAUCACCUACAGCUCCUUUAGAAAAGAGUUUCUUAAUAUUAGCAGGGCGCCUUCAGUAUCGUCCAACAGGAAGGUCUUGAUCAUAAAACCCUUCGCUAAAAUUCAUCUCUAUCAAUCAGUGUGAAAGUUGGAAUUCUGGGCUACUGAUUCAUUUAAACAGGUCUGCAAAGGUCAUGUAACGUAGGUGUUAAUUAUCUAGCAUUGUAUUUGAAAUUACCUACCGGUUAAUAAAAGGCUGGUGAUUUCUUUAACACAUUUAACUUCUACUGAUCAUGCCAUUUUAAUUUCCAAACUAGUUUCUGCCCAAUUUCUGCAAGUUGACUUUAAUUUACUGACCAGCAGAAGUUUGACAGAAACUAGCUGAAAAUAAGCUGCGACACCUCUCUUCAGUUAGUGACCUGCUGAGGGGAAGUUGGACUGAAACUAAUUGGAAGUUGAUGAAAGUUGAUCAGCAGAAAUUAAUGUAUUGUUGGAAGAAAAGACUGGAGUUAAUUACUACUGCAGUAAUUUUGUAAGUCAAAAAAUGUUAUUUGAAAAUUACCACCGACUGACUGGGAAACAUGCAGAUCUGUUGAAUGAAGUGUUACCAGCUCUGGGAUAUAGAUGCUGGGGGGGACGAAGCAGCGAUCUUUAUUGAUAAUGAUGCAAAUCCCCAGGUGUCCAUCAGUGUUUUUUUUUUUUUAAGAAACAGAACUGACAGUGAAACGAGGGGCUACUCUGCUACAAAUGACAUCAAGUUUUUGUCAGCCACACAAUGCGUAAAAGAUGUGAACAAGGUGUUACGCUAUAGCAAUUUCAAUAAACACAUAACUACAUCAUCAUAACAGGGCAGAUGAAGCUAAAUGGAACUGCAUAUUGGGCUUGUGUUUUAUAGUUUGCUAGGAGGAAAAAAAAAGGCUUGUACUUAGAUCCGUGAAGUUCGUUCAGUAUUUUUAUUGCUCUGCAGAUGCUGAUUUCUACCAUUGCUGCCUACGUAUGUGAAUGUUUGUCUCAGUUGUUUGGGUUUUUAUGCCAUAGUUAUAACAUGAUAUGUAAACAUUGACUGCUUCGCCUCUUUCCCCAGGAUCAGUGCAACCAGACCAGAAAAUAGUCAUUUAUUUUACUUGUAUCUUAAUGCUGUGAAACAAAAAGGCUUGACAGAUUUCCACCGAGACGCUUCACUGACGUGCAGCAGCAACCACAGCCAGCGGCGGCUAUAGGAUUUCAACACCACUGUUCUCUAACCUCUCGUCUAACAAGAAAUGUAUCAAGAGUACGAUUAGUAUGAAGUUCAACAGCACUGAAGUGCCAAAAACUAAGACCAAACCUUAUGAAUACUGAUCAGCUGACUGAAGAAGUAGUAUGCCUGUGUGCCGAUGAAUUAUGCAGUGGAUUAGCAUGUUCUCCAGAGCUUUGCAAAUUAUCAUUCAGUAAUGUUACAUAAAUCUGGCCAUGCCGAGCCUUCCACUGUGGCAGAAAUGUCAUUAAUAGCCAAUUAGACAAUAGAGCCGGCUCGUCAUGCGGCUUAUUAAAGAAUUUAUUUUACACCAUCAGGGAUACGAGCGGCAUGUCCUCGGCUGUGAAGUGAUGUCGUGUGUCUCACUCAGCUCGGUUGUGGGUUGCUGCUCGGGGAUCUUCUUGCUCUCUGCAUUGCACUGACGCGGCCUACUGACUGUGCCACAACAACAAAAAACAAAACAACAAAGCUGCGUUGAGCCACUUCAUUCGCCUGCUGCUUCUUCUUAUGGUCAUCUGCUAAAUCCCUCGUCCUUACCUCGGAAAAUAAUACCUCCCUGACAAAUUCUGAGGAACGUGUGCAACAUCUUAACAACAACAACUCAACUCACAACACAAAAACCUGACAUGCAUACUAAUCAUCCUCUGUGUCUCCGCAUCGCCACCAGGGUGGGAAUUAACACCAGCCACCAGCAAAGUGUUGGUAAACACUUAGUAACGGCCAUUAACAAAGUCCACGCUGCCAGAGACUUUUGGCAGGAAACUAACUCACCAUGCUCAGAUGUUCUCGAGGCAUUUCCUGUGACCUCCUUUAUACUGGACCCAUAACCGCUCUGUAACUGUCGUGAAUUGACUCAUCAACCUGUUGUCACGGAGAGGAGAGGCCAGUGCUAAUUAGGCAAACAAAGCUUGUAUCAUAGGCGCCGUCGCUGUGUCCCAAGUCCAAACUGUAUACUUGCAGUGGAAAUGACAGCAUCGGUCAAAGUUUCAUCUGUAAAAAAGUGAUCAUGUAAAAUGAUUCCUCUGAGUAGCAAAGACAGAAGUAGCGUGACAAUGGUACCGCUGUAAAAUCCAAUUAAAGGACAGAUGUGACGGACUCUCUUGUCCAAUCCACUGGAAAAUUCUGGAAGGUACUGACAACCUUUAAUAAAGUACACAGACCAUCAGCUUAGUAAAGGUGUCAUGAAAAUCAAGUUAUGCAAAUCUUUAUUUAAACGUAUGACAAGGAACUUUCUAGUGGUUAUGUUUUAUGACCUGCAUAAGCAAACUAGACCAUCAGCAAGAGGAGUGGCUAUUUCUGUAAAGUUACUACAGUUAUGAAAUAAGCUGAAGAUUUAUUUGAUGAUGGCAAUGAUGAUGAUGAACUGAGGAAACAAGUUGCACUAAAACAAAGUUUACUUAGUUCCACUUUUAUCCACAAGAGCCGCUAGAAUCUACAAUAAAUGAAAGCUCCUUGUAGCAGCUUUAAUUGUGUGAUCAUAGUUGGAAUAUCAAGAAAUGUUUAACAUUCAUAUAAUGAUUCCAUUCAAAAACUGUUAAAUAUGCUGCAGCAAACAGUAUUUUUAAUUGCUGUGGAGCAGAGUGUGAAAUGUUUGUAGAUUAGGAUUUGGAUAAAAACUCUUUAAUUCCAAAGUUAGUGGUAAAUGCAGCCGUCAGAAAUACACAGUGAGAGGGGAAGGAAAGGACAAGUAAACAUUCUCUUGAACUUUUUAGAUUUAUUAUGUCCUUGGCUCACAGAACUUCUGACGGUCUGACAUCGACAUGAUCUGUCCUUGACCAUUUGUACAACGUGCCAAAGCAACUUUUGCCCAACAUGAGGCGGAUCAAGGAGAUGACUUUCAAGAAUGUGCCAGAACUACUAAAGAGAAAUAUUUCUCUCAACAACAUCAAAAACAGUCAUUCUAUUUUAUCUUUAAAUCUGUUAUUUUGCAAAAGGUUUUGCUUGUCUCAGCUGUUAAUCGCUGCCAGAUAUCUGUUGCUGGACAGAAGUGUCCAUCAGCUCGACACUCCAGCCUUCAUUCUGGUGAUUUGAGUGAUUGUAUUGCGGUCGCUGCACACAGAGCAGAUCUGUUAUAGUGUGGUGGAUUUGGGACACAGCGGAGCUCUGACCUCAUGUAACGGCUUGGUAAAGGUCAGACGGCUGAUGCUGUGCAGAGGUGAUUGUAUUUCCGCCUCUCCACGAGGAGCGGUGGACCUCAGACAGCUUGAAUCAGACCUUCAUCAUUCAGCACCACCCUAUCAUCCUCUUCAGCUCAACAAGGCUCCGCUUCAAUAUCCACACUUUUUCCCGGGCGUAAUGCGUGGAAUUUAGAUUUAUAGCAUUUACCAACACUCGCCGUCUUCAAACAUCGUCUCCUCUGUGUUCAAGUCCUUGCUUUGAUAUGGAUAUUCAUGCCGGGCGCUUUAUCAGAAAUCCAGUUAUCGCUCACUCAACAUCCGUCAACGUCAGCCAGUCCGGGCCAGAAAGAGGCUAAUCUCCAUCAAAGCAAGCUCUUGAUUUGCCUUCAGGAAACCAUUGUUAAGUGGAUCACGCUAUCUGCUGUAAACGAAAUCGAUGUCGAGCGAAGCGGGUCGCCGUUGUGUUUGCUCUGGGGUUUUGAGUGUUUCAAGUUCUGUACAUGAUGUGUGCCCACUAUUAUGUGUCUUGAUAUAUCUAAUUUUAAAAAGUAACAUGCCAAACUCCACUAUUAUUAAAAAAAAAAGGAGAGAUUUAUAUUGGUGCCAUGCCAGUCUAAUGCCAUCUCAUAACAUGUAUUUUUAAAAGAACAGAUAUCUAUAGUGCAAUAGAUAUUCAUGUAACAAAUCCAUAUUGACAUGUGUUUCCCUGAACAUGUGCGGUGAAAAUUAAUAAAAUAUAAGUAUAAAGAAAG